AUGCAGAUUGCUUCAACAAAUAUUUGUGAAAGACUGUGCAAUAAGUCCAACCGUGAAAUUUCCUUGCUACUAAAUAUUCCACGGAUAACGGUUAGUGGAAUUAUAAUAAAGUGGAAGCAACUGGGAACAACAGCAACUCAGCCACGAAGUGGUAGGCCACGUAAAAUGACAGAGUGGGUCAGCGCAUGCUAAAGCGCACAGUGCGCAGAAGUCACAAACUGUCUGUAGAGUCAAUAACUAAAGACCUCCAAACUUUGUGGUGUCUUCAGAUUAGCACAACAGUGCAUAGAGAGCUUCAUAGAAUGGGUUUCCAUGGCCAAGCAGCUGCAUCCAAGCCUUACAGUACAUCACCAAUUGCAACGCAAAGCUUCGGAUUCAGUGGUGUAGAGCACGCCACCACUGGACUCUAG